AUGUUACCAUUUAGGAAAUUUAUGUUUAUGUUUUUCAGAACUCAACUACCUACGUUUGAGAUAUGGAUUAAGAACAAAUUAGUUAACAAUAACAUUUUUAGAUAUCUCUGUUUUGCCUUUCGUGACAACUUAAAUCAUUUGACACAAGUUAAGGAUUCUUUGAACAAGGAACUGUACUCUAUAAUGAAGAUUAAUGCUAAGGAUGGUAAAGUUUUCUCAAAUACAAACAAUUUGCCAUAUCUGAAGAAGAUUAUCCAACGAUUGUUGAAGUAA